AGUGCUGUGUGUACGGUUUCCGCUUCCUCCGCCUGUCAUCAUCAUGGCGGCGGCUGUAGUGAUCGGGUGCCGGGGGGUGUUGUCCGGUGUGCGGGCUGUCCGCUGCUCCCUGCCGGUUGUAUGGGGGAGAGGAAACACGGGUCGAGGCGGAGAUCAAAGUUUACGCUGUGCAAAAUCAACCUAUUCAGCUCUUCCCGAUGACUACAACUGUAAAGUGGAAUUGGCCAUGACUUCUGAUGGGAAAACAAUUGUCUGCUACCAUCCUUCGGUGGAUAUUCCAUAUGAACAUACCAGACCUCUUCCUAGACGAGACACAAUAGAGAACCAUGAGGAUAAUCACGAUCAGGUCCUAAAAGCCAGACUGAUUGAUAUAAGUUCCAAGCGGGAACCAACUAUCGAAGAACUCAGUAAAAUGUUCUAUACCACCAAGCACCGAUGGUACCCUGUAGGACAAUAUCAUAGAAGACGAAUGAAGAAGGAACAUCCAAAGGACCGAUAAGUUUUUGCCUUAAGUUUGUUCAGUCUAUGUAAUAUAUUAUAUAUAUGGCAAGUCACAAUGAUUAGUAAAGUAAUAAAGUUUGACAAUUUUCUUAGGCCUUGUGUAUCCAAAA